GGAGCCCUAAUAUGUUAUAGAGACCACUCGUUUUCCGAUUUGUAUGGUGGUGUGGUGGCUCGUGCCUUUUUCAUCGCCGAGGCCGACAUGAAUCGGACCCAUCUUUGUUCCAUCAACUCUUCGUACCAGCUCACCCGGGUCCCCAAGAUUCCCGGGUUCGGGUUCUUAUUGCAGAGGAACGAGCGGCCCUUUGAACGGCGUCGUCUUAGGUUCGUCUUCAGGGCUGAGCUCACGAAGCCCUUCUCUGCCAACAUUGGGUUGGAUUCUCAGACCUUCCGGUCCCAUGAUUUAUCACAGUUGCCCUGGAUUGGUCCAGUUCCUGGGGAUAUCGCAGAAGUUGAGGCUUUCUGUAGAAUCUUUAGAGCUGCUGAACAGCUACAUAAUGCCCUAAUGGACACGUUGUGCAAUCCAUUGACAGGAGAAUGCAGUGUUUCCUAUAAUUUCCGGUCGGAGGAUAAACCAUUAUUGGAAGAUAAAAUAGUGUCUGUUCUUGGUUGCAUGGUAUGUCUCCUUAACAAAGGAAAGGAGGAUGUUCUUUCUGGAAGAUCCUCCGUCUUGAGUUCAUCUCGUGUUGCAGACGUAAACGUAAUGGAGGAUAAGCUUCCACCACUUGCCGUUUUCAGGGGUGAGAUGAAAAGGUACUGUGAGAGCUUACAUGUGGCUCUUGAAAACUAUUUAAUGCAGGAUGAUGAUCGAAGCUUAAAUGUAUGGAGGAGAUUACAAAGAUUGAAGAAUGUUUGUUUUGAUUCUGGCUUUUCCCGUGGGGAUGGUGAUCCCUGCCAUGCACUGUUUGCAAACUGGAAUCGUGUUUAUUUAUCCACAUCAAAAGAAGAUAUAGAAUCCUUAGAUUCUGAGGUUGCUUUUUGGAGGGGUAGCCAGGUAACUGAAGAAGGUCUGAAGUGGCUGAUGGAAAAUGGAUUUAAAACCAUUGUAGAUCUCAGAGCAGAGACUGUAAUGGAUAAAUUCUACGAAACAGUAUUAGAUGAAGCUAUUUUGUCUGGAAAAGUUGAACUGGUCAAACUUCCUGUUGAAGUCAGGACUGCUCCUUCAAUGGAGCAAGUUGAGAAGUUUGCAGCUUUAGUGUCAAAUUUGAGCAAAAAGCCCAUAUAUCUCCAUAGUAAGGAAGGAGUUUGGAGAACUUCUGCCAUGGCCUCUAGAUGGAGGCAGUUAAUGGUGCAAUAUGCAUCACAGUUUGUCUCCCAGUACACAACUACUCAAAGUGACAUCCCAUCACAAGAUGGAGGAACAAUGGAAGAAUUGAGCACCUCAAACUUAAAAGGUUCAUGCUUUGGUGAUGAAAAUGGAUUGCUUCCGGAAAAAAAUGAUAUGAUUAAUAAUUCCACUAGUGAUAUUCUCAGUCAUGACUCUCCAGCUGCAGAAAACGAACAUCAUAACUUUACUGGUGCCUAUUUUGGAGUUGUCUCUCACCAAGACACCACAUCAAUGACAUCAGCUAACAAUGAUGAUGUCAAUCCCCUCAAGUCUCAGCUACCUCCUUCCAAUGUUUUCUCUAGAAAAGAGAUGUCCAUAUUUUUAAGAAAUAAGAUCUCACCUCCUACUUACAUUAAUUAUCAACAGAGAAGAUUGGAAACAUUGUGUGCUCCAAGAGAGAAUUAUAAUGAGGCACUUCAGAGAAGUGAAAUCAUUGUUUCAAACCCUGACUCGAGGCUUAUGGAAGCAGGAAAUUCAAAUGGUUCAGCAAAGAACCGAAGGAACAACAGUGUAGCCUCCACAGGUUCAGCUGAUGAUGGUUUGGAGCUGAUUGAAGGAAAUAUGUGUGCAUCAGCAACUGGUGUGGUGCGAGUGCAAUCAAGAAAAAAAGCUGAGAUGUUCUUAGUUCGAACAGACGGAAUCUCUUGCAAUAGAGAAAAGGUAACAGAGUCUUCCUUGGCCUUCACUCAUCCGAGCACCCAACAGCAGAUGCUUUUGUGGAAAUCAACACCAAAGACUGUACUAUUGUUGAAGAAGCUGGGCCAAGAACUAAUGGAAGAAGCUGAAGAGGUUGCCUCUUUCUUGUAUCACCAAGAGAAAAUGAAUGUUGUCGUUGAACCUGAUGUACAUGACAUAUUUGCGAGAAUCCCAGGGUUUGGGUUCGUUCAGACCUUCUAUAGUCAAGAUACGAGUCAUCUUCAUGAGAGGGUUGACUUGGUGGCAUGCUUGGGAGGGGAUGGGGUUAUACUGCAUGCAUCCAACUUAUUCAGAGGUGCUGUUCCCCCUGUUGUAUCAUUUAAUCUUGGAUCCCUUGGAUUUCUCACUUCCCAUAAGUUUGAAGAUUAUCGGCAGGACUUAAGACAUGUUAUCCGCGGGAACAACACACUUGAUGGUGUUUAUAUAACUCUCCGAAUGCGUCUCCGCUGUGAAAUUUUUCGAAAUGGUGAAGCUAUGCCUGGGAAAGUAUUUGAUGUUCUCAAUGAAGUUGUGGUUGAUCGCGGAUCUAAUCCAUAUAUUUCUAAAAUUGAAUGUUAUGAUCAUGAUUGCCUUAUAACCAGGGUGCAAGGUGAUGGAGUCAUAGUUGCCACCCCUACUGGAAGUACAGCUUACUCUACUGCUGCAGGAGGUUCCAUGGUGCACCCAAAUGUUCCCUGCAUGCUGUUUACCCCAAUCUGCCCACACUCCCUCUCAUUUAGACCUGUCAUACUUCCAGAUUCUGCACGGCUUGAAUUAAAGAUCCCUGAGGAUGCAAGAAGCAAUGCAUGGGUCUCAUUUGAUGGAAAAAGAAGGCAACAACUCUCAAGAGGUGAUUCGGUUCGGAUAUCAAUGAGCCAGCAUCCACUUCCAACAGUGAACAAGUCUGACCAAACGGGCGAUUGGUUUCACAGUUUGAUUCGAUGCUUGAAUUGGAACGAAAGACUGGAUCAGAAGGCCCUCUGAAACCUCUUCGACCUGGUAUAAAAUUUGUAUAAGUUAUUGUACGGAUUAUAACUUGAAAGAAUUACAUCUUUAGGAAGAUUAGAUAUAUUAUUCAUUUCAUCAAAUUGGCAUCCCACAUAAGAAUGUGGGGUUUGCCAUUUCUUUCUUUCAUUGUUCGCCUCCAAUGACGAGUUUGUGCAAAUAAUGUCGGAAGUUGGGUCUGUAUCCAAUUUACCCCUUUCAAACCACCAUAUAAUGACUAAACUUGGUGUAAUUUUUUUAUAUUUCAGGGGUUAUUGUAUAACCACGUUUAAGUGCUAGUAAAGGUUUAAUUUUGCA